AAUUAACUAAGGAUUUUUGGGUUUUUAUGUUUAAAAAUACAGGAACCUGCAUUACCAUUUGAGCCUGCAAAUGACAGUUGCGGUUCAUUACAAGUUUGACAGUUAAACAAUAAACAUGUCCGAAUUGGAUAACUGGAUAGAAAUCGCCCAGCAGUGUAAAUAUUUGCCGGAAAACGACUUGAAAAAAUUAUGUGAUAUAGUGUGUAGCAUUUUGUUAGAGGAAUCCAACGUUCAGCCAGUAUCCACACCGGUUACAGUUUGCGGGGACAUACAUGGACAGUUUUACGACUUGGAAGAGCUGUUCCGCAGAGGUGGUCAAGUACCCGACACGAACUAUGUGUUUCUGGGCGAUUUUGUGGACCGAGGAUAUUACAGUCUAGAAACUUUCACUCGACUCUUAACCCUCAAAGCCAAAUACCCCAACAAAAUAACCCUGCUGAGGGGCAACCAUGAGAGCCGGCAAAUCACUCAGGUUUAUGGUUUUUACGACGAGUGCAUGACCAAAUAUGGAAACGUAAACGCUUGGAAGUAUUGCUGUGGGGUUUUCGAUCUGCUCACAGUAGCUGCUCUGAUAGACGAGAAAAUUCUGUGUGUGCAUGGCGGUUUAAGCCCGGAAAUCAAAACAUUAGAUCAAAUACGCUUGUUGGAGAGAAACCAAGAAAUUCCGCACAAAGGGGCUUUCUGUGAUUUAGUAUGGUCGGAUCCCGAGGAAGUGGAAACAUGGGCUACAAGUCCCCGUGGAGCAGGCUACCUUUUCGGUGCAAAAGUAACACACGAUUUUAUCCGCAUAAAUGCCUUAACUCUUAUAUGCAGAGCCCAUCAGUUAGUACAUGAAGGAUACAAAUAUAUGUUUGACGACAGACUGGUGACGGUGUGGUCGGCGCCGAAUUACUGCUACAGAUGCGGCAACAUCGCCAGUAUUUUGGAAUUUGACAGCACCGAAAAAGUCGAGGCCAAACUUUUCGGGCCGGUUCCCGAUUCCGAAAGAGUGAUACCCAACAGAAACGUAACACCCUACUUUUUAUAGAGCAUUGAAAGAGUUAACCAUUUGUUUUAAUAAAUGCUAUUCCGAAUUUGUUUUCAAUUUUUAUACAUAAAAAAUAUAUUUAUGAGACUUAUUGUGGCA